UGUUUGAAGAAAAGUGAAAAUUGAUGAGAAAACCAAAAGAAACCGGUUAAGAAGAUCAAACCGGGAAUGGGCGGCGAAUGGUCAGAAGGUUAAGAAAGGUAGUUAAAAAUGAGAGAAUCGAAGCAGAGGAGGAAGAUGACGCACACGAGAGAGACGACCACUUCCAUAAUCAAUCAACAAUUGCUUUCCUUCCCGGCCAGCCACAGAUCUCCGUGGCCAUCUCUCUCUUUCUAAUUAUUACAAAGAAGCAUUAUUAUUAUUAUUUUAAUUAUAUAAUUAUUGUAUAAUCAAAUCUCUCUCUGUAAGUAAUAAUUAUCGUAUAAAUCCUCCCCAUUGUUGAGUUAAUUAGUUCUUGUAAACCCAUGACGUUUUCCGUCAAAGCUGGUGAGUUUUUGUCUCUCUCUCAGCUUCCUUAUGUUUGUUUGAAUACGUUCUGUCUCUUUCUCGUGAUUCUUCUUGUAACUUGUUUAAUACUAGCUCAAAUGUCUGAUUUGUAAUCAUGUAAAUAAUUCUUCUAAGUUUGGAUCCUUUAAUGUAUGAAAACCCAUGAUUCAAUGUUACUUACUCCUCUUCAUUAAUGUCUUCGCAUUUCAACUUUGAAAACUCCAUUGUUUCUCGGUCAAAGCUCACUGCUUUUUGUUUAUUUAUGUUUCAAUAAUUGCUCAAUUAUGGUUGUUGCCCAACCUUGUGGGUCUAUCUUUCCUUUAUUUCAGCUCAGUUUCUUUGACGAUUCCGUAAAUUCCAUUACUUUGUGUUUCGUGAGCAUGUGGGUUUUAUGUAAUCAAACUGCUUCCUUUUUCUGAUUCUCAGGCGGUCAACUUUGAAAACUAACAACUUCGGAUUUCCAUCAUGUUUUCUCACCAGAAAUGGAAGUUCUCAUGGUCUCAGAUAGCCACUGUUGCUUCUGUCAUUGUUCUCGUUUCCUUGGUUCAUCUGUUUCUUGGUCCUGUAGUGCCUUCUUUUGAUUCUAUUACUGUAAGACAAGCUCAGAAUCUUUGUGGACCAAGUAAUGAAUCAAUCUCACAAGUGACUAAGAAUUCAAGUCAAUCCCUUGUUGUUGUUGCCUUUGAUCGCCGCUUUCCUGCUGACUCACACGGUGCAGUAGUUUAUCGUAAUGCCUCGUGGAAAGCUGAGAUCGGACAAUGGCUUUCUAGUUGUGAUGCAGUUGCUAAAGAAGUUGACAUUAUUGAACCAAUUGGUGGGAGAAAGUGUAUGAGUGAUUGUAGUGGUCAAGGUGUUUGUAACCAUGAAUUUGGAUUAUGUCGUUGCUUCCAUGGAUUUACAGGAGAAGAUUGUUCACAAAAGCUUCGUUUAGAUUGCAAUUAUGAGAAAACACCAGAGAUGCCAUACGGAAAAUGGGUUGUUUCGAUUUGUUCCAGACAUUGUGACACCACAAGAGCAAUGUGCUUUUGUGGAGAAGGCACAAAAUAUCCAAACCGUCCAGUGCCAGAGUCAUGUGGAUUUCAAAUCAAUUCGCCGACGAAUCCUGAUGAACCUAAAAUGACAGAUUGGUCGAAACCAGACUUAGAUAUUCUAACAACAAACAGUAGCAAACAAGGAUGGUGCAAUGUGGAUCCAGAAGAUGCAUAUGCUAUGAAGGUGAAAAUCAAAGAGGAAUGUGACUGUAAAUAUGAUUGUCUUUGGGGACGGUUCUGCGAAAUUCCAGUACAAUGCACCUGCGUUAAUCAGUGCUCUGGACAUGGCAAAUGCAGAGGAGGUUUCUGCCAGUGUGAUAAAGGCUGGUUUGGAACAGAUUGUAGUAUUCCAUCCACUCUCUCGACGGUAGGAGAGUGGCCACAGUGGCUUCGACCAGCACAUCUUGAAGUUCCAAGUGAAAAAAAUGUCCCUGGUAAUCUCAUUAAUCUGAGUGCUGUGGUGAAGAAAAAAAGGCCUCUUAUAUACAUCUAUGAUCUACCCCCAGACUUCAACAGUCUACUUAUUGAGGGCCGGCAUUUUAAAUUUGAAUGCGUUAAUAGGAUCUAUGAUGAGAGGAAUGCAACAGUAUGGACAGAUUAUCUAUAUGGUUCCCAGAUGGCAUUCUACGAGAACAUCUUGGCCACCGCUCAUCGUACAAUGAAUGGAGAAGAGGCAGAUUUCUUCUUUGUUCCUGUUCUGGAUUCAUGCAUUAUAAAUCGUGCUGAUGAUGCACCUCACAUUAACAUGCAGAAUCAUACUGGAUUAAGAAGCUCACUUACCUUAGAGUUCUACAAAAGGGCUUAUGAACACAUUGUUGAGAAAUAUCCAUACUGGAACCGCUCAGCUGGAAGAGACCAUAUUUGGUUUUUCUCAUGGGAUGAAGGUGCUUGCUAUGCUCCUAAAGAGAUAUGGAAUAGCAUGAUGCUAGUUCACUGGGGUAACACAAACUCUAAGCACAACCAUUCAACAACAGCUUAUUUUGGUGAUAACUGGGAUGAUAUAUCUGAUGAGAGGAGAGGAGAUCAUCCUUGCUUUGACCCCCGCAAAGAUCUCGUGAUUCCAGCCUGGAAAGUUCCUGACCCUUACUCAAUGCGCAAAAAUUACUGGGAAAGGCCACGGGAGAAGCGGAAAACAUUGUUUUACUUCAAUGGGAAUCUCGGACCUGCUUAUGAAAAGGGAAGGCCUGAAGAUUCGUAUAGCAUGGGAAUCAGGCAGAAGCUAGCAGAAGAGUUUGGUUCUAGCCCUAACAAAGAAGGUAAGCUUGGGAAGCAGCACGCAGAAGAUGUGAUUGUAACUCCAUUGCGUUCCGACAAUUACCACAAGGACAUAGCCAAUUCAAUCUUCUGUGGUGCGUUCCCUGGAGAUGGUUGGAGUGGACGCAUGGAAGAUAGUAUCUUACAAGGAUGUGUUCCAGUCAUCAUUCAGGACGGAAUCUACUUGCCAUAUGAGAACAUGCUCAAUUAUGAAAGUUUUGCAGUUCGUGUCAAUGAAGAUGACAUUCCCAAUCUCAUAAACACUCUGCGAGGAUUCAGUGAGGCAGAGAUACAAUUCAGACUGGGUAAUGUAAAGGAGCUCUGGCAAAGAUUCUUGUUCCGAGACUCGAUUUUGCUUGAAGCAGAGAGACAAAAAGCUACUUAUGGACAUGAAGAAGACUGGGCUGUUCAAUUCUCUAAACUGAAGCACGAUGAUAUCUUCGCUACUAUCAUACAAACUCUGCAUUUCAAGCUACACAACGAUCCAUGGAGACGAGAGCAAGCCGUAAACCGGACUAAAGAUUAUGGUUUGCCGCAAGAAUGUCUCCAUAAAACCAGCUGAUCAAAAUCUAAAACAAAAAAGUUGGAACUUUGGAAGUAAAUACCUCAGAAGCUGCAGAAGCAUAUACAUAUACACACGGCAGAAUCAUUCAAGAUUCAUUGCCAAAUCGAUUCUUUUUGAAAGGAAUAAUCUUGGGUUUUGAGUUAGGUGAACCAUCAGUCAUUAUGUAAGCAAAACUCUAUUUGUUAAAUUCAAGCCAGUUUUUAUAAAGAUCGUAAGUUAACAAUUUAUUCAGCAUAUU